GAGUUGCACUCCGCCUCCAGUCUUUUUGACGCCAGGACAUGGGAGACGAGGGAGUCGGGUAAAGACAGAGUGAAAAAAGGGAAAAAAUCAGGUUCAUGUCGGAGUGUGUUCACAAGAGGAAAGGAAUAGGGAAGCGUCUUCGUUUUCUCAAAGGUGCUGCUCUUCAGAUUGGCUUGGGCUGUGGACACCACUCUGCUUUUGGCAUGGACUAUUAGCCAACCCAUGUGUGCAAGAUUGCCCGUGACUCCCCACUUUUGAAGAGGCUGUUUUGGACCACAGAUCUGUCUGUCCAUUCCCAUCUGAAUCCCAAACUGCCCCUUUGCACCAUUUCCCAAUGUGUCUGGUGUGACCUGGCUCCACCCCUCUCCUCCCCUUCACUGCAGGCUUUCCUGAGUGCCGGCAGCUGCGUCCUGCCUCCAUUUCCUGUCCUUGGUCGUGCAAGGCUAAGGCCCUCUCCACUUCCCCACCCCCCCAUAACGCAUACGCACAAACAGUCUCGCACCCACCAAGUCGCUGUCUCUUUGUCUUUUUCUGUCUCUCUCUCACUCUCUCUCUCACUCUCUCUCUCCCUCCUCUGUCUGACGGUUUCAUCCUCACACAAGCCCAUUUGGUUGACCUUAGUUUCUCUGGGACUCCUGAGGAGGUGCUUCCCCUCUUUCCGCCCUCCCCCGCUGUGUUUUUUUUUUUUUCUUCCCCUUCCCCUCGCGUGGAUCGUCUUGCCUGAGAUCUCCUGCGGAGAGCCAUGACCUCCAUGUCCAGCCUGUUCUCCUUCACGAGCCCGGCCGUCAAGCGCCUGCUGGGCUGGAAGCAGGGCGAUGAGGAGGAGAAGUGGGCCGAGAAGGCGGUGGACGCCCUGGUCAAGAAGCUCAAGAAGAAGAAGGGCGCCAUGGAGGACCUGGAGAAGGCGCUCAGCUGCCCCGGGCAGCCCAGCAAGUGUGUGACCAUCCCGCGCUCGCUCGACGGCCGCCUCCAGGUCUCGCACCGCAAGGGCCUGCCGCACGUCAUCUACUGCCGCGUGUGGCGCUGGCCCGACCUGCAGUCGCACCACGAGCUCAAGCCGCUGGAGGUGUGCGAGUACCCCUUUGGCUCCAAACAGAAGGAGGUGUGCAUCAACCCCUACCACUACAAGCGCGUGGAGAGCCCAGUGCUUCCACCGGUGUUGGUCCCCCGCCACAGCGAGUUCAACCCGCAGCACAGUCUGCUGGUACAGUUCCGCAACCUGAGCCACCACGAGCCACACAUGCCUCUCAACGCCACCUUCCCCGAGUCCUUCCAGCAGCAGCAGCACAGCAGCGGCAGCUCCCUACCCAUCUCGCCCAACUCGCCCUACCCGCCUUCGCCCACCAGCAGUGGCACCUACCCCAACUCCCCCGCCAGCUCGGGGCCCUCCAGCCCCUUCCAGCUGCCAGCCGACACACCACCCCCUGCCUACAUGCCCCCUGAUGAGCAGAUGGGCCAGGACGGCUCUCAGUCCAUGGAGACCGGGAGCAGCAUGGUACCCCAGAACGUGCCCAGAGGAGGUAAGGCCGCCCCUCCCCUGAAUCCACCACGCGACCAGCCUCUCAGCCAGCACAUUGACGUUCAGCCAGUGGAGUAUGAGGAACCGAUUCACUGGUGCUCCAUCGUGUACUAUGAGCUGAACAACCGCGUGGGUGAGGCCUACCAUGCCUCCUCCACCAGUGUGCUCGUGGAUGGCUUCACCGACCCUUCCAACAACAAGAACCGUUUCUGCCUGGGCCUGCUCUCCAACGUCAACCGCAACUCCACCAUCGAGAACACCCGCCGGCACAUUGGCAAAGGCGUACAUUUGUAUUAUGUCGGUGGAGAGGUCUACGCCGAGUGCCUAAGCGACACCAGCAUCUUCGUCCAGAGUCGAAACUGCAACUACCACCACGGCUUCCACCCCACCACCGUCUGCAAGAUCCCCAGCGGCUGCAGCCUCAAGAUCUUCAACAACCAGGAGUUUGCCCAGCUACUGGCCCAGUCGGUCAAUCACGGCUUCGAGGCCGUCUAUGAGCUCACAAAGAUGUGCACCAUCCGCAUGAGCUUUGUGAAGGGCUGGGGUGCGGAGUACCAUAGACAGGAUGUGACCAGCACCCCCUGCUGGAUAGAGGUGCAUCUGCAUGGCCCCCUCCAGUGGCUGGAUAAAGUACUGACGCAAAUGGGCUCUCCCCUGAACCCCAUCUCUUCUGUUUCCUAAUAAUGGCCUUACGUUGGCUGGGAGUAUCUCUCUGUGUUUUUGUUUUGUUUUUUUACUUUUUUAAAUUCAACAUUUUUACUUUUGAGAAGAGGAGGUCUUCAAGGCUGAACUGUUUACACUGCCUACAGCAUGAGCUAGCCCUUGAAGCAGUCAAUUACGAGAAUGAACUAAGGCUACAAGCAAAUCUGGCAGAGGAGAAUUCACAGCAGUGGCACAAAAAUGGACAUACUACUGCUUAGUUUGCCUUCAUGAAAUGUUUGUUUUUUGCAUAAUGUUUUCAAAUGAUGGUUGUAUGUGUGAUUUUGUUUUUUCCCCCUCUUCACUAUGAGUAGGUUACCAAGUAGAUGGAAAAUACUUUCAUGAAUUACUUUGAUGUAUCCCUACUUCACCUUAAAACAGACAAACCUGCAGCUUUCUAAUUCUGUGAACAAUGUUUAGAUGGUAUGCUGUCUAAUUCCACAUAUUUACAAUAAGGCAUAGCUGCCAUUAUGUGUUUACUAUUAGACUCAGAAUUCACUACAGAUGUUUCCUUUUUAUAGUCCAUGUUGCAAUGAGACAAGACUCAAAGUUACUGCUUUUAAAAUAAAGUCUCUAUCCGAUCAAAUGAA